AUGGAGUUAGGCCUUAUAAUCGGAUUCACAGCAGUGCUAAUACCUCAAUUAAGGGAUGACACAUACAUGGGGAUGGACAAAAAUGCGGAGUCUUGGAUUGCAUCAAUUCAAGGAUUUUCAUUCAUGCUAGCAGCUUUUGUGAGUCCAUGUGUAAUAGACCAAUAUGGCAGAAGAAAGGCAAAUUUUAUCGGAGCUAUCAUUGUAGCCAUCGGUUGGUUCUUUCUGAUAGUAUCUGGGAAUCUUACUAUGAUAAUUAUCGCCAGAAUAUUACAAGGUCUAGCACUUGGAAUAUCAAGUUUGUCAGGAGCUGUUUUGGUAGCGGAAUAUACAUCUCCGAAAUACAGAGGAGCCUUUAUCACCUUAACUACAAUUACAAUGUUAUCUGGAAGUUUAAUAGUUCAUGCAUUAGGAUAUUUUCUUUUAUGGCAUCAGGUAGCUAUAUUCUGUCUGUGUGUUGCAAUUUUGGAUGGUGUCUUAGUAUUUUUAUCACCAGAAAGCCCGGUUUUCUUAGCAACUCAAGGUAGAUUUGACGAAUGCAAAAAAGUGUUUCAUUGGCUACGAGAUUUGGAUGAAGACGAAGAAUUAGACGCUAUGAUCAAAGUUCAAAUAUUACGCAGAGCAGCUAUGAAUGAGCCACAGAAGACAAUACUUAAUAAAUUUACUGUUAAAAUAAAAUCUGCAUUGAUUACUAUUAAGAAAGCUGAUUUCUACAAGCCUUUGAUUGUGAUGAUGCAUUUUAAUAUUAUUUCCGUUUGGUGUGGGGCGGUCAUGAUGGAUGCAUAUGGGUUUGAUGUAUUUCAGAAGCUGGUUGGAGGGUCAGAGGACGAGAUUCUUCAGAAUGGAAAGAAUUUCUCAUUGCCAGCUAUCAGGUUUACCUCCACCUAUUUUUUACUUGGAGUAAAUCUUCAUGGAGACCCGUCCGUCCCGGAGGCAAGCGGGUACCUCAAGACUCAUACUUACUAA